GGUGAAUGGAAUCUAGAACGCCCUCGACUUCACUUUUACUUCAUUUCCAUUUGAUAUUUCACGAAUGCAACACGGUUUGUGGAUAAUACAUAGCUAGAAACGGUUUAAUUAGUGUAAAUUUUGAAAAUUCUUAAAUUUCGCGUUAGUUAUUAAGAAUUAUAUAGAGAUUUUAUAUACGUCGCUAUUAAAUAGAUAUUAACAAAGAUAUUGUAAUAGAAUAUUAAUAUUAUUCAUUACAAUGGAGGAUAAAGGCGUUGCCUCACAUCUGGUAUAAAUUUUUAGAAGUUAGACGUGAAUCGAAAGUGGAAUAUAUUAUGUUCCCUGUUAAGAACUUUAAUAUAUAUCAUUAUUUAUAAAUAAAGACUCUAGUGCUACAACCCAUUUUCAGGAUAUAUUAAAAAUGCCUCGUAUAGACCCUUUGCAGUUAUUGAAGUGUCUAUCAGUACUCCUGACACCCGAUGGAGGGAUCCUAUCAAGAGACGAAGUCCCGCGUCUGGUCAAUUUAAUGACUAAAUUUUCAAAAAAAUUAGUCAGCAAAUGCGUGUAUGUGUUAAUUUUGAAGAACACUAGUAAAGAAUUAGUUGAUAUGUUUAUGGCCGAGGGUGGAUGGACCCUCAUACAAACUUGGUUACAGGACGCCGUUCAGACGGCCAAUUGGCAUUUAGUAAAAGAAAUAUUAGGAUUGUUAUUGAUAACGCCCGUCGAUGUAGAGCGUUUGAAGCUCAAUAUAUUACCAAAAUUAAUAAAAAGUUUAUCACGAAGAGAUGACGUACAAGACGUUGCAGCUUUGUCUUCUCAAUUGGUCAAACAAUGGUUGGUGAUUGUUAAAGGUACAAGUUCUCUUGCGCAAGGACAGUUACAAAUGGGAAAAGUGGAAGUAGUCAAAUCGGAAUCCGAAUCGGAAAUUGAGAAAAACAUAUCGGACGGUAUAGAUAUUGUCAAAUUUUACAAAAAGGACUCAAAAGAUGAAGUUACUUCUCCUAAAAAUGCUGCGGAAAUUGAUGAACCUGCAGAAGCGGAAGAACCUAAAGAUGUUGAAAUGAAAGAUGUAUCAGAAGAGAAGAGUAAAAGUGAGGAAAAAAUCGAAGAUAAGAGUAAAUCUAAAAGUUCUUCGAAGAGUUCGAGCAGUAGUCGCGACAGAGAUAAAGAAAAAAGUAGGGACAGAGAUAGAUAUAGAGACAAAGGUAGAAGCAAAAGUAGUAGUUCGUCGAAAAGUAAGAGUAGCAGUAGGGAUAAAGACCGUAAAGAUAGAGAUAAAGAUCGAAAAGGCGGCGAUAAGGAUCGAAAAGAUGGUGAAAAGGAUCGAAGUAAAAGUAGGGAUAAGAGCAGAAGUAACGGCGCUAUCAAAAGUAGUUCUUCGAGUCAUUCUACUAAAGAUAAAAAAGAAUCUGAUAGCAAUAGCAAGAAGGAAAAAUCCGAUAAAGAUAAAAGUGAGAAGGACAAGAAAAGUUCUAUAGACGCUUUUAAACCACCUUCCCUGGAAAAACUCGGUAGAAUACCCAAAAAGACAGCGGACGGUAGUAAUACCGAAACGGGCGAAGUUAAAAAGAAAGCUUUUUCUAUUGGUAUAAGGAAAGACGCCAGCAGUGAGGAGAGACCCAAAACUGUAAAGGUGUUUAACUCGAAAAUGAGAUCGACGGGAUUAGAAGAAGAAGCUAAACCGGCUCCGUCUAGAAUAGCACCUCAGAAGAAGACCGUCACGCCGCCUUCUUUGCCACCUUUACCGCUCAAACGAUUGUCUCCGCCUAGAGACGCCAGGGAUCCCGUAUCUUCGGAAAAGAAAAUUAAAUUAGACAAAAUCGAUAUACCCGAUAGACCGGGUGCCAUAAAACUAAUACCGCCCAAACCAAAACCUAUGCUUCAAGAAAGCGAUUUGUUCAACAACGCACUCACCGCAGCUACAUCGAAAAAAGAAACAAAAAAAAGAAAACGAAAACCGAGUAUUUCGAAAGAAACUCCCACGUCACCGUCUACGUCUCCAUCCCAUGAUUCAGCUACUACGACAACCCAACCAGCAACGCAAGAUCCGGCUAGUCCACCUAUCGGUUUGAAGAAUAUAGCACCUAUUAACUUUUAUCAAGACACUCUAUCCGAAGAAAAUAAAGAGACACCCGAAGAAAACGGUAUCGAAGAACAUCCAGAGAACCUCGACGAGAGCGUAGCAUCAAUAACAUCAGAAAAUAAAGAAAAUGAAAUAUCAUCUCCAAGAGCUGUUACUCCGACUGAAGACGAUCCCGAAGAAAUAAAAAAAAUGAACAUCGACGGCGGGAUUAAAGGCGUACUUUUGUAUUCCAAGCGGAAAGGACCGAAGAAAUCGAUAUCGUGGAAAAACGAUAACGAUCUAGUCGAAAUAAAAUAUUUCGAAUUGGACGAAACAGAAAGAGUUAAUGUUACAAAAGCUUUCAAUGACAUGGCUAAAAUGGAUAUAUCUAACGAGAGGGAAGCUUUGCAGCUAUGUAGGAAAGUAGGCGGUGAGGAUCUGAUGGAAACUCAAAUCAGAUGGAGGAUACCUUUCGAAAUUGAAUUGCCGGAUCCUUUAGUAACGCCUGGUUCAAGAAGUUUGGAAAAAGACAUUCAGUUCGCUCGCGAAAAAAGUGUACUUCAAGCUCUUUACUUCGAUAAAAGAAAAAUUCCCGAUAGUCCCGAAGAACCUAUCCCGGAAAAUCACCAGAUGAGCGAUCCAGUAAUUAUAACGUUAGAAGAUCCCGAUAGUCACGAAAUCGAUCUGAGGACUACGCCGUGGCCCGAACCAAAAGGCAACGCUCCAUUACCCGAACCCCAAAUGCCUAUGGUAUAUCCUAACAUGCAAGUACCUUUCAAUCCGCAGUUUAAUACCAUGCCACCAACAAAUUUCCCGAAUAUGGCUCCAAGAUUCCCAGUUCCGGGCGGUCCGAUGGUACCACAAGUUCCAAAUAACUUUGUUCCUCCUAAUAUAAUGCCUAACGAUAUGAUGGGUCCUCCAAAUAUGAUGGCACCCAACGACCUUAUGAUGAAUCAGAUGAAUCCCAACAUGUACCAAGGUGGUGGUCCGAUGUCCGAUGGAUACGGACCAGGACCCGGUCCCGAACCGGACUUUCCAAUGUACGGUAAUCCGAACGGUCCUCCCAACAACAUGUUCCCACCAAAUCACUUUCGGGAUAAUCGAUUGCAUCAUAGAGGUGGUUUCCGACGUGGGGGUAGAGGCGGUGGAAAAGACAACGGUAACUGGGUGCGUAUGAAGGACUCGCGAGGCGGCGGCGGCGGCGGCGGUAAUAAUUGGCGACGAGGGGGAGGUGGAAAUCGAGGUGGUAGGUUGUGUAAAAACAUUCAGAAUCACGGUUAUUGCCGGAACGGAGAUAAUUGCGCGUUUAUCCACCCGUAAACUAUUUGUGGCGUAUUCACGUGGCAUCAAAAGCAAUUUAAUUGUGAUAUAUUCGAGUGUGGAACACUCCCGAGUUGAGAAAGUUCAAAUUUUAUUUAAAAAAGGGGAUGUUGAAAGGCGUCCGAAUAAUUAAUUUAUUGUGAUAUGAUUAUUAUGUCCCGUGGACAUACCUUUUUUUAUACAUGUGUAUUUUUUUUACGAAUUGUAUAGGAUUUUAAGUGACUUAUCAAAUAUCGUAAUUUUGUAAAUGUUUGUACAUAUACGGAGGUAUGAUUUUUUACAUUAAACAUAAAACUUUUUGUUGAUAUUAA